AUGACUGAGCCAUACCUGUUAAGGUUACCUAUUGAGGUCCGUUUGGCCAUUUAUGAUUAUGCUUUCGAAGAUGUCUCCGAAAGUAAUAUUCACGACGGAGGAACGGCGUACACUCCCACCACGGCACCACUGCUCUACGUCCAUCCAACAAUUACAGAAGACUUGCAACAUCGCCUUUACGGUAACCACGCCCUGGUGAUACCAAUACAAGAGCCCAGCAAAUAUAUCAAGGGUGACCAACAACUGAACCUGCCCGUUUCCAAACUGUCCCAGAGACGCAAGGGUUCCGCUACCAACAUUAUCUUUGAAAUCUCGCAAACCGAGCAAGUCUACAGAUACACACCAGACGGCAAGCAAGUUGUAGACUACGGCUUCUGGGAUGGCCGUAGCGAGACAUCGAAUGCACUCGCCAAACUCUUGACCGGGGCUGCUCUUCGUCUCAAGUCUGAUCUUCCCAAUGUUGGGAUGGCCUGUUUCGUGUUUUGGUAUGGAGAGAUGUCUGUAUAUGUCGAAAAUUGGAAGCGGGAGCUCGCAGCGCUUCAAGAUCAGUGGGAAGACCUCUACAUCACGGUCGAGUUAAACUUGUUUGAAUACGAAGACCCCGAGGCUGGGGAUGGUGGAUAUAACUUUAUCCAAGGCUGGGAUAGGCACUUCAAAGCAGAAGUCACUAGAGGCGCAUUCAUGGCCAAUAAUCUGACGCUGCUGGUACAUGAGGAUGGGCAUUACGAGGGCAGACUUUUCGAUCCUACCGGUUGGGACGACCCGGACUCUGAAGACGACAUGUAUGAAUGGGACUUUGAUGAGCGUAUGUAUGUCUGUGGUGUUACAAAGCAUCCCAAAUACGUAGUCAUCUAA